AGUUAUUUAGCAUAUAAUUUCUUUUGGAUUUGAACCCAGGUCAAAAGACUACUUAUCUAACAUCAAACCUAGUGCAAUCACAGUUGAAAAAUAAAACUCCCUCCUGAAGAUGAUAGCAGGGACCUAUCCAUAUCAAUUAAGUGUAGGAGUAAGAGUUUGUACUGCAUUUCUUCCCUUGCCAUUCUCUUCAAAUAAAAAGUUCUUAAUUUUAAAUGGAAAUAAUGCUCAGAGAGAACUGUAAUUACAAGAACUGUAUCAGUUAUAAAAUCAAGUGAAUGCUUAGGGAAAAUGAUCUAAAUAAAAUCCAUGCCACUAUUGUAAUAACCAUUGAAAAGGGCUACAUUCAAAAGAAAUAAUACUCACCUGGGAGACAUUAGUCACAAAUUUAGUAAGCACGUAAACAAGAGCAACUUGGUGAUAUAAAAUCUUCUUAAACCAAUACAUCCAAGAAAUUCUAACAUAACCUUUGACAUGAGCUUCUAGUUUCAACCUGCCCAAGAAAGGAAAAACUUCAAGAUUAACAUCUAAACGAUAAUUAUGUAUUUGAAUAUUUUUUAGUUUGCAACUGGGAGUUUUUUCUUUAUAAGGCUUGUGUGUUCUGAAUUUGUUGCUUUAUAAGGCUUCUAGUUGUAUGUUAGAAGAUCAAGACACACUUCUACUUAUUCUUUUUGCAGUGUGUUCUUUACUACCUUAGUUAAAGUAAAAAAGAAAAAAUGUAACAUGUUGCAGCAACCAUAGAUGUAUGUAAAAAAAUGUGUUCUUUAAAGAGGUAAGCUUUUCUUUGAAGGUGUUAGUCAUUUGUUAUUUGUCACAAAAGCAUGAUGAGUUCACUUCCUGCACACUUCUUAAUUAAUCUUAUCUCAUCCUACAUUUUUUUUGUCUCCUUUCUGAAAGAGGAUGAGGAUAUAAAGUUUACCCUGUGUAGGCUAGAGUUUCCAAUGUCGUUGAUUAAGAUGACCAGGUUAGUUGGGGUGAUUGGAUAACCUGCAUGCCACUUUUUCUUUCUCAUUUUAACCAGCUUGACAUUACAUUUUUGCUCUUGAUCUUAAGAGACUUGAAGAAUCAUGAAUCAACAAGGGUGUUCGAGAAAUAAUCAAAAAACUAAAAACUUUCUUUCAGCUGGAUCACUAGCAUCUCUACGAAACAAACAAAUACUAGAACACAAGAAGAAGAAGAACACAGGCUACAUAAAUUCAAAGGAAAAGAAUCAAAAGCAGAAGGAGAAGUCAAACAACGUUUCACCUAUGUCUCAAGUACCUGAACAAGUGCAACAGGUGCAAGCUAUAUCUCAAGUAUUAAAACAAGUGCAACAUGUGUCUCCGAAUUCCACCUCUCUUGCAGCACCAGUAGAGGAGCAAGUGCGACAAGAAUUGCUAGACUCCACCAUUCGUGCAUCACAACCCAUUGUUGAACAAGUGCGGAAGGAUCAGUCACAACUUCCUAAUUUACAAGCAAAUGAACAAUCUAGAGAAGGCCUUUCAACUAAUAAAAGAAAAAGAGGUGCUACACAAAUGCAAGCAGUACAUGGACGGACUGACCGUCAACUGAUAGUGCUAAAUGAGUUGAACAGCCUAUUGGUCCAACUAAAGUAGUGGUCACUGAAUUUUCCAGCUUUCUUGUCACAUUUGCAAGGAAUGGGACAUUUUGUCCUCUUAAUCUCACUUGGUCAAAGUUGAAGACACACGAUGAAAUGUGGAGCUAUAUUCAGGAUUAACACUUGAUCCUAAUAUACUAGGAUUCAAUGUUCAUUCGUCAGGAGAAGCGUUUGCUAAUCAACAAGGAAACCGUCCAUCUGUUGGUAGUAACAAUCAAGGUGUCCAAAAUGAAGAAAAAGCUGAAGAAAAUGAUGAAGACAUUGACCAUACUUGA